UUCCAUACCUCAUCAAGUGAUAAUUGAUGCACUUAUUGAUCAUGGUAUCCAUCCAAUACUAAUCUGGAUGCUGGUUGAAUAUCUAAAAGACAGAACAGUGCAGUACCAGUAUAAUGGUAAAACAUUCAAGGCCAAGGUAACUAAGGGGUGCCCCCAGGGGUCUAACCUGGGCCCCCUUUUAUGGAUCAUCAUCUACAAUGUAGUACUCAAAUUCAUGUUUCGGGGCUGCAGGUCAAUUGGCUUUGCUGACGACUUGCUUUUUGUAUUUGGAGCCAAAAACAUCAAUACCCUGGAACAGAAUGCCAGAACUGCCAUCACCCAACUCACUAUUAUGCUGAGUAAGCUUGGUUUAAGCCUAAAUGCUGCAAAAACCCAGGUGAUGGUAUGUACUAGGAAGCACCACACUGAGCCCAUAAUAACAGUAAAUGGUCAGCUAGUCACUACCUCUAGGGAAAUCAAAUACCUUGGAGUGAUAAUUGAUCAAAAACUCACCUUUAUACCACACUUCACUAACAUACACAAGAAAUCUCAACUGUCACUCAACAUUAUAAAUAGAUUGUUUGGACGCACCUAUGGCUAUGGUUAUGAAGCAAGGAAAAUCAUGGCGCAGGGGCUGAUCAACUCACUCUGGUAUUAUGGGUCAGCAAUCACGCUGCCAGCCCUGAAGUACACAUGCGUUCUAGAAAAAAUCCGUAAAACUCAGAGAGCAACAAACCUGAAGAUUAUCUCAGCUUAUCGGACAGUGUCUGAUACUGCAGCCUCUGUUAUUGCUGGGAUGCUCCCACUUGACCUGGCAAUAGCAAAAAUGGCCCUUAGAAGAGCUGCUGACAUAGGGUAUCGCACUCAAGCUCCAAACCUAGACACAGGACCCAUUACCUUACUGCACAAAGAUUCCAAUAGGACCAAGAAUGCCUACAUAAUGCAAAACAGAUCAUUCUCAAGGCGUCAGCUGGAUAAUGAACUCACCUCAAUGGCAUACCAGAUGUGGCAGAGCCGCUGGGAUCUGGCUACAACUGGAAGAGUCACUUAUGAAUGGAUUCCUGAUAUAGCUGAGAGAAUGGAAGGUAGCUGCGCACAUCUCAAACCAAGCUUCUUCCUAACCCAGGCCCUCACAGGCCAUGGUUUCUUCGCCGAUUACUUGAAGAGAUUCAAGAUAAUAAGGAGUAACCUCUGUGUAUGCGGUAAUCUACAAAGUCCACAACACCUCAUCACUGAAUGUACAAAUACCCAAAUUGCUGAGAUCAGGGAACGGUACCCAGUAGAAAUGCUUGAUGUCACUCCCACCAACUUACAAAAUCUGAAUCAACUCAUCAAAGAACUCUUUCACAUCCGGGACUCCAUUAAAGUUAUAGCUGACAAAUCUACCACAGAUACUGAGGGAACGUCAGAUGUGGAUGAUCCAUCACCUUUAACCACACUAUAUAGUCUCCAAGAACUACCUCCUACUACCAGUAUCACCAGCACACCAAUACCAAUGCACCUGCAGUCACCAUCACCAGUCUCUAUACUCCAAACACAACUAACACAAGUACCAGAAACCACCAACAAAAACAACGGAGUAACAAGCUUACCUACCUACUCACCAUCAGCACUGAAGCUUGUGCCUAGAACAGUGCUGAUAGCUAGCGAGCUACUCAAGAGGAACCAAGAGGUCUGCAGCAGCCCAGUCACACAACAUUCAACUGAAUCCUGUAUUAGUUCGGAGGCCUCACAAGGAGGUGACCAGCAUCAUUCACCAGGGUUCGAAAACGAAUGGCUAGCUGCAAGGAGAAACUUCACAGCAAUUAACCUACCCAAAUUCAGUCCAAUGGUGCAACCUAUCAACCCAAUCCUGCAGCAAACAGACCACAUACUUGGCCCACUUUCUUCACCAACCUCAUCCCCUAGGAAGAGAAUCAUGGUAUCCAACUCCCUUUUCCAACAUACUACAGCAAUGCCACACCCUGAGCACAAUGUACUGUAUUCUCCUGCCAACACAACUACAACAACAUCAACAACUACUGCCCAACAUGGCCGUGUCAUCCGAAACUGUAAAAGCCCCCCUGCACACAACAUUAGCACAACACUGGGAACAGGGAGAUAUAAUAUUCCUGUUGUACACUCCAGUCCAGUUGAGGGGCACAGCACAUCAAUACCAGUGUACAAUGGUUGGAACAGCCCAGGCUUUCAACCCUGCAACUUCUCACCGUUAACCCUCACACCAACAGCUCACCAACAUAGAAUGGACUACACAAGUAGCUUUGAGGUCCAGUGCUCUCCAAAUCUGAUCCAGGUACCUAUCAGCAAGGUGUAUCCACCAAUCAACUUGAACAAAACAUCGCUGAAAGCUAAGCAGGUAGCAGACGCCUUUGAGAGUCACAAAAACAGAAUACAGUUCAUGCAUGGAGGGGUGACUCCAGGCUCUGUAGCUGAGGAAACACCAAAACAAGAUCAUUCAACUUUCUCCAUUGGUGGGAAGCUGGGCAUCAAAAAACCUCCAUCAAACUACACACCAAUGGGACCAUAUGUAAACCGACACAUCUUGGAGGAUGUAAACCGACGAAUAAUAUUCCUAAGGACCACCUUCCCCCCAACUCCCAGAAAGAGUAGCACUGAGCUCUCCACUUCUGUGGCAUACCAGCACUGGGAAGAGGCCUCAAAGGAGGCUGAACCCAGGAGGAUAAUCUCAACAGCCCAGAGACAGUUGCUCACUCAAGGAGGCCUGGAUCAUCCAUACUCCCUGAUAUUCAGUGACCAUGUCUACAUACCUGCUAUGCAAUACCUGGUGCUUCGUGGAAUCCAAGAGCGCUUCUACGCCCCAGUCAGUGCUGCUAGUGUGGGGGAUCUUCUCCCAUACGAACAAUAUCUUGACAUGCACGAACCAACACCUCGUGAUGUCGAGACCAGACUCAUCGCCUCUGCUGCAGAAGCAAUGAGGAGAAGAAGCUUGGGAAAUAUGGCUUUAACAGCAGUUGAGUCCAACGGCCUACUCACGCUGGAGGAAGCCAAUGAAGACAUAUUUCUUCAGGGACCCUCCUUUGCACUGGCACACUGUGUCAGCCAAGACCUCAGAAUGUCCGCUGGGAUAGCGAGGGACUUUGUCCGCCACUUUGGAGGCAGAGAGAUGCUACUGACCCAACCACACAAUGUGGGGGAAGUGGCAACUCUAAAGCGGAAAGUCGAAGGAACAGUGAGCCAGGGACAUUAUAUAAUAUUCUGUGUCGUCACAAAAAUCCAUUACUACGACAAACCAACAUAUAAGGACUUCUCCCUUGGCAUCCAAAAUCUUGCCAGGGAAUGUACCAGAAGAAAAAUAAAAAAACUCGCUAUCCCACGGAUUGGAUGUGGGCUGGACCAGCUUGACUGGGGCCAGGUACGGCCAAUCAUCGUAAGAGAGUUCAGGGAGAUACCUAUCAAUAUCAAGGUAUGUAACUGGACCUCCCCUAACACCCGCUCUAAAACGAAUUGAUAGCACUUGUAAAUAGAUUAUAUAACAAUGUAAUAAAGUAAAUAUUCUCCCCAAAUAUAUCUUAUUUAAUUUAAUUUAAUCUAUAUAGUACAAUGUAUGUAUAUUAUUGUAGCACUACCCUAAGCUGAAGGAUGGAAGAAACCUAUGGUAUGUGUCCAUUCUCAGCAUUCAAAACUACUCCAACGUUAUCCACUAUGUAAGGUAGGACCGAGUGUUCCCACUUUCACACAUCAGAAAUAAUAUCCUUUUGGACAAUCCUACUCUAGGAGAUCUCUUUCUGAGGUAGUUAAGGGUACAGUGGUGCCCGGAGACCUCCUAGGCCUACCCCAAAAUGGGAGACGGGUCGGGGGUCGCUCCAAAUCCGCGGAAGGGGGGAAUGGGCUACAUCCUAGGGUGACCACUCCCUCAACCCCGAAGUGGUGGGAGCGAUUCUGGGAUACUGCCUAGGAGCUCCGGGCCUUUGGCCUGGUGCUGGGGGGGGGUGGGUCAGCAGUCCCAACCAAAACUGGGGCCCCCCACUCACUGCGGCUCCAGGACCACUGGGUGGCCGAACCGUCCCCUUCCCCUCCUAGUUUUAAGCAAAAUUGAAACACUCCUAAUCUUGGCUUAGUUUAAGUUGUACAUAGUCUUUAUAGCUAAAUUUUAGUAUUAAGUUUGUAAUUUAGUAUUAGAAUAUACAUCACCCUCCCCUUAAACUUAAGAUUGUACUGGUAUUAUCUCUGCGGAAGGGGCGGGGCUUAGGCCCCGCCCCCUCACCGCAGGGAUAAGUAAUUAUAAGAUGUAAAUAUUAUUCAAAAUAAACCCUUUUUUUUUAAAAAAAAAAAAAAAAAUAAAAAUAAAAAAAAAAAAAAAAAA